AUGUCGUUUCGCAUUUUAAGCUCAAGAGCUUCAGCCUCAGCUCCCGCCUUCGGAAGAACGGCUUCUCUACGUCCUCAUACUUUUACCUCGAGAACCGUUGCAACCGCAGCAUCAGCCGUUGCGCCUCAAGAAAGACCCCGCGAAUCUCCAUCUUCAACACCAGAAAUUGACCUCCUGCAACCUCAACGCCGGCGUAUCCGAGACCCGAAACCUUUCUCCGAUUUUCUCACCGAUAAUUUCAACCGGCAGCAUGACUAUCUGCGCAUUUCAGUUUCGGAGCGAUGCAACCUACGAUGUGUAUACUGCAUGCCGGAAGAAGGGGUGCCUUUGUCGCCAGAUCGAGAGCUCUUGACAACACCCGAGAUUGUCCUCCUGUCCUCCGUUUUUGUAUCACAAGGCGUCUCAAAGAUUAGGUUGACCGGAGGAGAACCGACCGUGCGCCGGGAUAUCCUUCCUCUGAUGCGCCAGAUUGGAGGGCUGCGGCAACAUGGACUCAAGGAGCUCUGCAUCACAACCAACGGUAUCUCACUGCACCGGAAGCUCGACAGCAUGGUUGAGAGUGGAUUGACAGGUGUAAAUCUGAGCCUCGACACCUUGGACCCAUGGCAGUUCCAGAUCAUGACAAGAAGGAAGGGUUACGAUGCAGUGCAAAAAAGCAUUGAUCGAAUUCUUGAGAUGAAUAGGCUCGGUGCCGGCAUCAAGUUAAAAAUCAACUGCGUAGUCAUGAGGGGUGUCAACGAAAGAGAAGUGAUUCCCUUUGUGGACAUGACGCAAGAAAAGGACAUCGAAGUGCGCUUUAUCGAAUAUAUGCCAUUCGACGGCAACAAAUGGAGCAAAAAUAAAAUGUUUAGCUACCAAGAAAUGCUGGAUCUCAUCAGAACAAAGUACCCUGCCCUUCAAAAGGUGCAAGAUCACAAGAACGACACAAGUAAGACAUGGCAUAUUCCAGGCUUUGCCGGAAGGAUAGGGUUCAUCACCAGCAUGACACACAACUUCUGCGGAAGCUGUAAUCGUCUUCGGAUUACGGGUGAUGGAAACCUCAAGGUGUGUCUCUUUGGCAACGCUGAGGUGUCUUUACGGGAUAUUCUGCGCAAGUCAAACAGCGGCGAACCUGUCGACGAGCAAGCUUUCGAAGCGAUGAAGCAGAUCGAGAUGGCUCGACGGAGGGACCUCCUAACCUCUGAUCAAACUCCUCUUGGUCUGGCAGCUAAUGAGAUGGAACUUCUAGAAGUUAUCGGUGCAGCUGUCAAGAGGAAGAAGGCGAAGCAUGCUGGAAUUGGCGAGUUGGAACACAUGAAGAACAGGCCCAUGAUCUUGAUAGGUGGGUAA